AGAGUUGAUGUGGGGUGGAGCUGGCUGCGGGGAGCGGGCAGCGGGGGCGGGGCAGGCUGUGGCCAGGGCGUCCCGGGGCGGGGACUUCUGGCACUUUCUGGGAGCUGCGGGCGAUCGGCUCACAGACCUUCUGGCCGGAAACCCGCGCGCUCCCGCUACCAGGGCCGUCGUCGUCAGCGCCGCCAUGGCCAAGUGGGGCCAGGGGGACCCGCGCUGGAUCGUGGAGGAGCGGGAGGAUGGGACCAACGUGAACAACUGGCACUGAGCGGGAUGCCACCAUUUGGUCCAAGGGGAAGCUCCGAGAGCUCCUGGUUGGCAUUGCAAUGGAGAAUGAGGCUGGCCGAUGUGAGAUCAGUGAGUUGAAACAGGUGGAAGGUGAGGCUUCAUGUAACAGCCGCAAAGGGAAGCUUAUUUUCUUCUAUGAGUGGAACAUCAAGCUGGCCUGGAAAGGUACAGUUAAAGAAUCUGGUGCAAAACACAAGGGACUGAUUGAAAUACCCAGCCUUUCUGAAGAAAACGAAGUCAGUGACACUGAGGUGAACGUGAGUAAAAAGAAAGGAGAUGGGGAAAUACUGAAGGAUCUCAUGAGAACGACAGGCACCGCCAAGGUCAGGGAGGCCCUUGGAGAGUACCUGAAGGCACUCAAGACGGAAUUUACAACAGGAAUGAUUUUACCAACAAAAGCUGUAGCAACCCAGGAACUGACUCUUCAGAGGAAACUGAAUGAAAACAUGUUGCAGGCUUCUCCAGUGGCACUGGGUGUGAGGAUUCCCACAGUAGCUUUGCACUUGACAGAGCUGUUUGACACGACAGUAGAACAGCUGUACAGUAUCUUCACUGUAAAAGAAUUGGUGCAAAAAUUCUCCAAAUCUCCUGCUGUAUUAGAAGCUGAAAGGGGAGGGAAAUUCCAGAUGUUUGACGGGAACAUCAGUGGAGAAUAUGUGGAACUGGUAACAAAUAGGAAAAUCAUCAUGAAAUGGAGAUGUAGGAACUGGCCAGAAGAACACUAUGCAACAGUUGAACUGAAUUUUGUGCCUGCUCCAGGGCAAGUGGAAUUACAAUUGGACUGCAAGGGAGUUCCUGUCUGUAAAGAGGAAAAUAUGAAAUUCUGUUGGCAGAAGCAGCACUUCGAAGAAAUAAAAGGUUUACUUGAGCUUACCGCCCAGAAUGCUUGAAUUAGUUAGGUUUUUAUAAGGACAUCCUUUUUAAAAUAGAAACCUGUCCUGUUUACUUACCUUUUUUCUUCCUUAAAAAGUCCUUUCCCUCAAGGCCCUUAAUUUAUUUUGUAUUGGAUGAAAUUCAUGAAACAACACAAUCUAAAAGCAUUGUUUGAAAUAUUCUAGAUGCUGCAUCAAGUGAAAUCAGGUGUCAUAUCUCACCUUCCAUGGGUGUUCCUCUGAGAUAAGUAGGUUAGGCUGAGCUAAGGCUGGUCAUAGGAUGCUACUUGAUUGCUACAAUUGAUUUAAGCUUAAGACAAAUAAAUGGCAUGCUACACUAUUCCUUUAUUCUAAGCCAGUUUCCAAGGUGUGUAGUUCAUCAGAGUGUUGCUGUGAGGGCUAGGUGGCUGCAUUCUGUUACACUUCUCUGGCUCUCCUUGAUGUCUUCCAAAUAGCCAGACACUUCGGGAUUAGAGGGAUGAGACAUCUGCAUGGUAAAUUAACUGUUUUGGAUGCAAGAGGACUUCUCAAAUAGCAGGAUGGCCACAUGGUUCCCUUUCAGUCUCCUUAUUGCUGUCAUUUGAAGAAACAAACAACUUAUGUAACAAAGGAAAAGUUAUCACAGUCAGUUUAUAAGUACACAGAACAGCAGUCAUGUCAAUAAAAAUAAAACCAUUAUUUUUACAUCAAGUGUGCUUUAUUUCCUCCACAGGUAUUCUGUUAAAUAAAGCACCAUUUAUAUACUGCCAGGCCACAGCUAAAGAGGAUUCUUUACAGAAUCAAAUUUCUUGUGGUUGUUCCGUAUACAAGUAAACUUAAUUUUGAUAAUAAGAACCACAGCGAUCAGAGGCAAUCUGCCUCUCUUAUUUUAAGGUACAAAACUGGCACAGAGGACACCAUAUUAUACACAGUAAAAAUGCUGUAAGUUUAAAUUACAUCGUACAGGGUCAGAGCCCUGCUUCUUCUCCCAGAAAGCCAUAUUAAAUGAAAGCCACUACAGUGAACUCUUAAUUACAUAAAACAUAUCCAUUAUCUGAUUGCCCUUUAGAAAGUAUACAGAAGAUGCACAUUUUUUUUCAUCUGGAAUUCUGCCUGACCAAGAAUUGAAGCCUAUAAAUCUAUCUUGCCAUUCAAGCAGGGCGCACUGGACAAACUGAAGCACAAAACAAAGGAGCAAACUUGACAAACAGCAUAGGGGAGGGCACGUGAGAAUAGACAUGCCACGUCUAAUGUCAAGAAGCAGCUUGGUUUCCUUUGCCAGAUAUCCUUGUGACCACAUGGAUUGUUGAUUCAAUGGUCCUACACAGGGUAUCUAAAAUGUCGUGUUGCUGCAUAUGACUAAUGAGGCCUCUGGAAUGGCCACAACUGAGGGACACAGCAGCUUCGGGGUCCUGGGAGGACAAAGCUUGACCAUCACAGCUUCUCAGAUCAGCUAAGUCAGACAGAACUGCAGAGAUGGACGUUGAAGGGAAUUCGGAUUCAUCUUCAGCUAGUGUAGUAUCCUUGGAACAGUGGUCUUUAAAUUCUUUACAGUCGUCAAACCUGCCAUUGUUAGACUGUUCCUCUGCAUGCUGUGACCGGAUAUGUGACCCAUCUUCUGAAAAUGAAGAUGGGCCUUCCAUUCGAUACUCUUUGACAGAGCUGUUUUCAGGGGACGGAAGAUCUUGCUCUGUCCCUGGGUCAAUAAUCGAUGAGUCUCUUGUCUCAUUGUCUGAGGUGCUAGUGGGAGUCAGGACCUCCCUGGUCUCUGUUUUUAUGUCACCAAUGCAACUGUCUACAGUGUGCUCCUCAUCACUGCUCACUCGCCUUCUUUUAACAGGAGUUGCCCCUUCGUCAUCUGUGGGGGGAAAAUACAUUAGAAUAACCUGAAACAGAGGGCACUGAAGUCCUAUUGGGGGUGAUUAUGAGGGAAGACAAUUUUGUUGUUAGAGGUCAACAUUAAGGACUUGCACUACUAGGCAAGAGCAACACGCCACACCUCCAAGCUUGUCUUCAUCCUCCCAGCCACCCCUCAGCCCAAAUCCCAGGCAAGACUUAGUUGAUACAGCUAACCUUUAGUUUUUCUUUCUUUGGCUUCUUGCUCUUGGAGUGAGUUUCUCUGCUGCAGACAAGUCCUACACUUGUUUAAAAGCUCUUGCAGAGUUGGGAUCAGAGCUGGGUUUAACUGUUUGGGAGUGUGUACUGACAGGAGCAAAGCAAGUGCCCUCAGGUCCUACAAAAACCCAGACAGGAAGAGUUCAAAUCCUGAAGGCAACAUUUGGAUAAAACUUCAUUUAUUUCCCAGGAAUCUAUUUUGGUUUCUCUGGUAAUGUGGAGGAAUGCUACAGCCAGCAUUAAGACGUGGUAUUCCAUUAGCUGAGUGAUUCAACUGGCUCAUAAACAUCUUGUUAGUUAGGGGGUGCUGCUGGACAACAGUAGAUGUAUUUCCAGCAUUGUUGUGUGCCUAUGUCGAGUAGGUCAGAGUAAAGACGUAAAUCAGAAACCAAAUAGUGCAGCUUAGACUUAAAUAGUAAUUUCAAAAUUAAACCUCCCUUGGUGCAUCA